CCAAAUACGGCAAAACAUAUCAUAUUCUAUCCAAAUUACAUCACCUUUCACUUUACUCUAUAAAACGAAAAUGGUGUUAGCAAAUGGACAAUUAGGUAUUGAUUUACGCGGAUUACCAGCGGAUCACCUAACGUGAAAUCGACAGAUAAGCAACCGACUCCAUCCACCAUUUCCAUUUGCCUUCGUUUCCGCGUAUUCAUACUCUUCUAUAUUUACUUCCAACUUCUUACUUCAUAACAAGAUCAUUUCAAGGAAAGAAAUUGGGUUCUACACAAGAAAAAACCAUGGGUAAUGGAGAUCUAGAGAGCAGGGGAAGCAUAAAGAGCAGAGGUGCACAACCACCGGGGCCGCCGCCGGCGUAUUACACGUCGUCUUCUCCGUUCCACACUGAAUCGUCGGAGAAACAAUGGACCUCGUGGCUGGUUCCGAUGAUUGUUGUUGCAAAUGUGGCCAUGUUUAUUGUCGUCAUGAUUGUUAACGAUUGUCCUAAGAACCAUAAUUCGAGUCUCGAGGGGGAUUGUGUUGCUAAAUUUCUUGGUAGAUUCUCGUUUCAGCCUCUUAAAGAGAAUCCCCUUUUUGGUCCUUCUUCUUCUACAUUGGAGAAGUUGGGAGCUCUAGAGCGGAAUAAGGUGGUCGAUGAUCAUCAAGCAUGGAGACUAGUUUCGUGUAUUUGGUUGCACGCCGGAGUUGUUCAUUUACUUGCAAACAUGUUGAGCUUGGUUUUCAUUGGGAUUCGCCUCGAGCAACAAUUCGGUUUUGUUCGAGUUGGGUUGCUGUACAUGGUGGCCGGGAUCGGUGGGAGCAUAUUAUCAGCACUUUUUAUAACAAGUAAUAUUUCCGUUGGCGCUUCUGGUGCACUUUUCGGACUUCUUGGAGCAAUGUUAUCGGAACUUCUUACCAAUUGGACUAUUUAUGCUAACAAGGCCGCAGCGUUGUUUACACUCGUGAUCAUCAUCUUGGUGAACUUGGCUGUCGGAAUGCUUCCACACGUUGACAAUUUUGCACAUAUCGGAGGCUUUUUAUCGGGUUUCCUUCUUGGGUUUGUACUGCUUAUCCGUCCCCAAUUCUCUUGGCAAGAACGCCGCAAUCUUCCUGUUGAUGCUCGUGGCAAAUCCAAGUUCACCGUCUAUCAAUACGUUUUUUGGCUCGUAUCCAUGAUUUUAUUGAUUGUCGGAUUUACCGUGGGACUGGUAAUGCUUUUUAGGGGAGAAAAUGGCAACGAUCAUUGCAGCUGGUGCCAUUACUUAAGCUGUGUUCCGACUUCGAGAUGGCGAUGCGAUAACCGGUGAAGAGCAAUCGACGAUAUUGAUUGUUAAUAUGUUUAAAACUUUGAUUUGUACUUUUUAUUUUAUUUUUGGUUGUGUAAAUUGGUAUUUUUGAGAUGUAGUUAGGAUAUGAUAUUUGGUUGUACAUUUAUAAACUCUGAAAAUACGGAAUUGUAAUCACCGGUAUAUAUAUUUGGGAUCGGGUUUUGUAACGUUUUAUAGAAAUUUUAAGGUCUGUUUGGUUUGCAGGAUUA